UUUAACGUUAUUUACUAAUUUUACAAUUAUUUAAUGUUUCGAUAACAUGAUUUUCAAGAGUGACGUAAUUACUUGUGGUAGGGCAAACAAGUAGGGAUGAUGCUUAUAAAAAGACGUGUUCUGAGCUUGGAGCUCAUUCUACUGUGAAUUUGCGGUGAAUAAACAUUGUACACCAGACAUCCUAUUCAUAUUGAGGAAUUUUGGUAUUGCGAUGGAAGCAGAAAAUCGGACUGAAACGGAACCAAGUGAGCUGCCAUGUACUAUACCUGGACCAGAUACUGCAGAUGUAGAUGCUGAUCAUGGACCAAAUGCCUGUGUUAAUAUGGCAGCUUCACAGCAGCUGCAGUGCGGUAACGUACCUCCUGAGUUCUAUUUACAUAUGAUGACAAUGAUGCAAAAUAUGAGCGAACGCUUGACGAAACAGCGCGAAAAAGUAAAAAUUACCGAUGUGUUCUUGCCUUCAUAUGAUCCAGAUGGUAACGUUGGAGUGCGAGAAUGGUGUGACCAUAUCACUUCGGCUAAAAAUAACUAUGAGCUUAGUGAUUAUGAUAUUCGUAUGAAGGUGACUAGCUUAUUAAAGGGACGAGCUAAAAUGUGGGCUGAUAAUUGGCUCGUUACAACUUCUACAUGGGAUGAGUUGCGACAAAAUAUUAUUACUACAUUUGAACCCGAAAGUCGUUAUUCAAAGGACGUCUUACGAUUUAGGGAGCAUGAAUAUGACCACACUAAAGACAUUGCAGAGUUUUUAUCACGAUCUUGGAUUUUGUGGAGACGAGUAACGAAGGAUAAACUUAACGAUAAUGAUGCAGUAGAAGCAGUUAUUGGAACCAUUAGCGAUGAACGUCUUCGGAUUGAGCUUAUGAAUGCCAGAGCCACUUCAGUGCCUGAAUUAAUAUCUGUUGCCUCUUCUAUUCGUACAUCUAAGAGACCUAAUCACGCUAACGUGAACCAACCACUUGCUAAGCGUUUUAAAUACUCUUUAGAUAAUCGGAAUAUUUCUAAUUGUAACUUCUGUAAGAAGCCCGGGCAUUUUUCUCGCGAUUGUCGUGGUAAAAAUAACUCCACAAUACUUGACAAACAGCCUGUUCCAAAUAACCCUAGUUCUUCUGGAAUAUCACUCCAAAAACCUAAUACGUCUAAGAUCUGUUCUUUUUGUUCAAAGGCCGGUCAUACUUUUGAUACUUGUUACCGUCGGGAAAAACAAAUUACUUCAAAUGUAAAUUCAGUUGUAAUAAAUAAACCAAAAUUAAACACGAUGCGUAUGCGAGUAGGUGAUAUAGUUAUUGAUGCGGUAUUCGAUAGCGGUGCGGACUGCUCUGUUAUGUGCGAAUCUAUUGCAGACAGGCUACCUGGAAAGAGAGUUCAAGUAGUUAAUUAUUUACGAGGAAUAGGUCCUUUUCCUGUAGUUUCGACUAAUAAGCUAACUACUAUAUGCGUCAUUAAUGACAUUAAUGUAGAGAUAGAUUUUUAUAUUUUAUCUGACUACGAAAUGACUUCAGAUGUAUUAAUAGGUGCAAAUCUUUUAAACAGCACCGGGUUAUCUGUAAUCGUGACUGAAAAUAGUGCGUCUUUGUGCUUUCAGCCUCGUGUCAUGCACAUACAAUCGUCAACCGGACUAUUUGAUAACAUAAAUCAUGACUUAGUUAAUGAACUUGAGAUUAAUCAACUCCUUACCCUGCUAAAUAAGUACUCUUCCAUUUUUACGCGCGGCUUUCCUCAAUCUCGGGUCAAUACAGGUAAAUUAGAGAUUCGAUUGAAAAAUUCAAACAAGUUUGUUGAAAGAAGACCGUACAGAUUGAGCCCAGUCGAACGUGAAAAGGUUAAGGAGAUUGUUAAGGAAUUAAUAGAUAAUGAUAUUGUCCAAGAAAGUAAGUCCCCAUAUUCUAGUCCAAUUAUUUUAGUCAAGAAAAAGAACGGGGACGAUCGUAUGUGCGUAGAUUACAGAGAACUUAACUCGAACACUGUCCGGGAUCAUUAUCCUCUUCCUUUAAUAGCCGAUCAAAUUGACCAGUUGACUGGAGGCCAGUACUACACUUCCUUAGAUAUGGCCUCUGGCUUUCACCAGAUUCCUAUCGCUGAUGAGUCUAUUGAGAAAACCGCUUUUGUGACACCGGACGGUUUGUUCGAGUAUAAGACUAUGCCAUUUGGCUUGUGUAAUGCUGUAGUGCGGAUAAAGUUCAUAAUGAUAGCGUAG